AUGGCUCACUCGACUGCCGCAGUCCUGAUUCUGGGCUUGGUGUGCAGCACACUCUUGAUGAGCAUCAGGACCGCGUACCGGAAGCAUUUGAGGUCAAUCCCGGGACCCUGUUUGGCUCGGUUCACGGGCGUCUACCGGUUGAGCCUUGUUUGGAAGGGCGAUGCCCCCGAGCAAUAUCGCAAUGUCCACGCAAAACACGGCAAGAUCGUGCGGGUUGGACCGAAUCAUGUUUCGGUCUCUGAUCCGUCCGAGAUACAAACCAUCUACGGCAUAGGGAGUAAAUUUCUAAAGACCGAGUUCUACACCUUGAUGGGCCCGUUUUACAAGGGGGACGUGAUGCACACCACCUUUUCGACGCGAGACCCGGCAUACCAUCGGAAUCUUCGGAGCCAGGUGGCCGCGGUGUACUCGAUGUCGAACGUCCGGAAGCUGGAGUGCUACGCCGACGAGUGUUCGGCAAUCUUCAUCGACGCCAUGAAAGCCCGAUGCGCCGACCCGAUCGACAUUGCGCCGUGGCUACAGUGGUACGCGUUCGAUGUGAUCGGUGGCCUCACGUUCCAGAGGAGGUUCGGAUUCAUGGAAAAGGCAGGGGACAUUGACAAUAUGAUUGGGGGUCUGGACGUCGCACAGUCUUACGCACAGUUUGUCGGCCAAUUUCCCAAGCUACACGACUAUUUAUUCGGUAGUCGGGUGCUCAUGGGAACGCUCAAGAGGGUGUUUCCUAACUUGCCAGACCCCCUCGAUAGGUUUAUGGCUAUCGCCGAGGAAGAGAUUGUCAGAUACAAUACCACGGUACAUCAGGAUGGCUCCCGGGGCGACAUACUUGCCCAGCUUCAAGCCACGAAAGAUGGACAAGUCCCGUUUCGAGACAUCGUCAACCACAUCACGAACAACCUCAUUGCCGGCAGUGACACGACUGCGAUUUCGCUGCGCGCGUGCAUUUAUUACCUUCUGAAGACGCCCCACGCGUACCACGCAUUACAAGGUGAGAUCGAUGCUGCGUUUGCGUCUGGACGACUGUCCGAGUUUGUCACGUACGAGGAAAGCACGAAGCUUCCCUAUCUCCAAGCGACAAUCAAGGAGGCCAUGCGCCUCCACCCCGGCGUGGGGUUUCCUCUCGAACGCCAUGUGCCGCCCGAAGGCGCCGUCCUAUGUGGCAAAUAUCUGCCCGGUGGCACGAACGUGAGCAUGACGGCUCCGGUGGUACAUCACGAUAGGACCAUCUUUGGCGACGACGCCGAGUCCUUCCGUCCCGAGCGAUGGCUGGAGACGGAUGAAGUUCGUCUCAAGCAGAUGGAUCGGUGUUCACUCGCAUUUGGUCACGGGGCUCGUUCUUGCUCGGGGAAGAACAUCUCCUUGAUGGAGAUGGGUAAAUUCAUCCCGGUUCUACUGCGCAACUUUGAGCUGGAAUGGGCUUCUGAGAAGCCGGAAUGGACAACCUACUGUGCGUGGUUCUGGAAGCAGUCUGAUAUGCUGGUACGACUCAAGCUACGACGGCAGGGGGACACUAAAGGCCUGCCAGAAAGUUAAUUGAAUGGAACAGAAAUAAACCAAUGUAUCAAUGUGGGAAUUUUAACGUCGUGUCUGUACGAGAGCGUAUCUAUCUAACGACUCAUAA